GUUUACUUCGUUGGUAUCGUUCUUAAGAAACGGAUGCGAAUGUGAUUUGCUGCGCGUGAAAAAAUUAUCAUAAACUGUUCGAACGUUUGUGAAAGAAGAAAUCUGAUAAGUGAAGUUCAUCCUGUGGUGAUUUUAAAUGGGAAAUUUGUUCUCAUUGCAGUUAAAACAAAAAAAGAUUCUGUGCAACGUGUGAAAUUAAGUAAUUUAAGAGGUGGUUGCUGAUUUAAUAAAAGUCAAGUGAAUUAAAUUCAAUUGCAUAAAAAUAUAUGUAAAUUAGAAUGCAACUUAUGUAAAUACUACAUAUACAUAUAAACUCGAGUGGGAACUUUGAUUCGAGUUUUAACAAACAUUUUAUGGUAUUAAUGAAAGAGGAUUAUCCACUUCGAACGAAUAAUUAAAAUAACGUUUUGAAUCAUUAAAUACCAAACCUUGGAUUCCAACGAUUUUCAUAUCAAUAUGCUCAACGCCAUUGAAGCUGUCAUCAUAACAAAAUGAAAAAAAUUACUUAUUCAAAAACUAAUAUUUCAACCACCAUGGGUAAUUUUAAUCCGAAUGAAACGGAUAAAGAUUAAGAAAAAAUCCUUAAUAAAAGAGGGUUGGUUGGGGGAAAAAAAAUAAAGAAAAUAAAAAUGAGCGCUGACGGCCUCACUUGCGAUUGCACAGUAAUGCAGCGAUUACAACACCAAUGUCAAAAUGGACAAAAGCAAAGCCAGCUACGACCAAAGCGAUCGCAGUGUCGCGCAACGGAAGUGAGCACCGUGACCACUAACAAAAAUAAGAGCAAAACAAAGAGCAGCAGAAACAGCAGUAGUAGCGACACGAGCUGCUGCAACAUUAAUUGGCACGCGAAAAUUGCAAAGCAAUGGCAAAGGAGCAAAAAGUCAAUGACUGUGCAAAUGGAACAUGAAAAUAACAGUACUCGCACUAAUUAUUACAAUUUCAAUAAUAUCAAUCGAUUACUAAUUGCCACUGUCGUACUGUUGAUAACACUGUCAGCAACAACAACAACAACCACUACUACAACUGCUACAAUUAUGAUAACAGCUGUGUCAACAAAGACUGCAACAGCAACAUUAAACGGCCUAUUGACAACUGCUGUACCAGCGGUAGCGCUCUCUUUCGCAUUCGCGCCCAUCUCACUAAUUGGUCAUAUGACUUUGGCGACAGCAGCAGCAGUGCCCAUCUCGUCGCCUCUAUCCGCGUUACAACAGGAACGUCAAUUCCAACAACAACAAUUGUUUGCGAUGCUGACGAAAAAUCGUCAAGGUAACGCUGCCGAAGUGAUUGCUGCUGAUGGUGGCACGGACGUGGGCGGUGCCGUAGAAGGCGUGGCAGCCUCAGCGAUGGCUGCUGGAUUUGUUCCAAAGCAUUUAUUAGACUUGGAUGCGGCCGCUCCAGUGGCGGCAGAUGCAGAUGCAGAUACUUCAUUGGAGACAGCUGGUUUUGUGGCCGAUGAUGGUCAGCGGUAUGAAAAGGCGGUGAAAGCGUUAGCUGCCGCCGUUAAUAGCAAAGCCGGUGGCAAUAGUAACGAUAGCAAUGGCAGCGGUGGCGGCGGUCGACUGUUUGGUGUGGGCACAUCAACUGAUUGUCCAAAGGAGUGCAAAUGCUUGGAUGCGUACUUCGAUUGUGGUGAUAAACUUUUGGAUCGUGUCCCCAUAUUGCCCGGCUACGUGCAAACGCUCGAUCUGGUUGGUAAUAAACUGAAUAAUACAAGUGUGCUGCAGAUAAGGAAUCUAACGGAAUUAAUAAAACUCACGCUAAAACGCAACCAACUGGAAAGUGUUCCCGUAUUCAGCGAGCUCAGCGCUUUAAAGCAGCUCAAUUUAGCUAAUAAUCGUAUACAACGUAUUAGUAGCGCGGCAUUGGAAGCCUUACCGAAGCUGAAAUCAUUAGAUUUGUCCAGAAAUUUUUUACACGCUAUAGAGUCCAGUUAUUUUCCGCCAAACAACCGUUUGGCGCAUCUCAUACUCAACUCAAAUGAAAUUGGUACUAUUGAUGAAGACGCCUUUCAGCACUUAGGCGAUUUAUUGGACUUGGAAUUGAACAACAAUCGCCUAAUGACAUUGCCGGCAGGGGUUUUUCGUACUUUACACAAAUUGCGGAAACUCUCGUUAAAUAACAAUCAGCUUGAAAUCAAUUGGUCAACAUUUCGCGGUUUGUCAUCAAUUCAAAAGCUCUUUCUCAAAUCCAAUAACAUACGCGCUCUGCAAGAUGGCGUUUUCUAUGUAAUGCACGCCAUCGAAACGAUUGAAUUGGACCAUAAUGGCAUCACAUCGCUUAGCCGUCAGGGGCUCUUCAAUCUCACAAAAUUGCAUCACUUGAGCUUAUCAAAUAAUUCCAUCUCGCGCAUUGAGCCAGACACUUGGGAAUUCACGCAGUCACUAAUUUCGCUCGAUUUGUCACACAACAACAUCAGCGAAUUCAAGCCGCAGCACUUGGAUUGUCUUAAACGUUUGCGACACCUGAAUUUGGGUCACAACAAAAUCCAAUAUCUGGCAGAGAACACAUUUGAUUGUGUGAAAAAUUUAGAGGAUUUGAAUUUGCGUCGCAACAAACUCGCCUGGAUCAUUGAGGAUCACGGCGCUACGCCUGCGUUUAAAGCAUUACGCAAGCUAAAAAAGUUGGACUUGUAUGGCAAUAACUUGAAGCAGAUCAUGAGCAAAUCGCUUAGCGGCCUCGGAAAUUUAGAGUCCCUCAACUUGGGUGGCAAUGCAUUGGCCACCAUACAGUCGGGCGCCUUCGACCACAUGCCACAUCUGCAGAAGUUAAGCUUUAAAUCUUUGAAUUUUAUCUGCGACUGUGAGUUACUCUGGUUCCAACGUUGGCUGCGUCACAAUGAACAAUCGACCAUCGGCACGCAAGUGCAAACGGAAAAUGCGGUGUGCGGCUAUCCGGAGGCGUUGUUCGAUCGUCAACUUCUGACGUUGAACGCCAACGAGUUGGAGUGUGCCAACUCACCCAAACCCACCAUCGUACAAGAGCCAUCUACUCAGCUCACUGUGAAGGGUGCGAAUAUCACAAUGGAAUGCAUUGGAAUUUCACCAACGGCAGCAUCGUUGGCUGCCGCCGACGAGCUAAAGAUUAAGUGGCGUCACGAUAAUCAAAAUAUACGCGAACGCGAGCGUGGCCACUUUUUCACACCGCAUCACAGUGGCGCUGUAGCAAGCGGAGACAGUUACAGCACUACGGAAACCCGAAUACGUCAAGAUCACGCUACCAAUCAGACUACCAUAAUUGGUUAUUUGCGACUGUACAACGUCAGCUAUGCGAAUGCGGGACGCUAUCAGUGUGUUGUAUCCAACGCCUUCGGCACGACGUAUUCACAGAAAUUUAAAAUUUCAAUUGGAAUACAUCCAACCUUCCUGCAAAUACCCUCAAACUUAACCAUUGAUUCAGGCGACACAGCGCGUUUAGUUUGUUCGGCCACUGGUGACCCAGUUCCGGAGAUAGCCUUGCAAAAGUCCGGCGGAAGCGAUUUUCCCGCCGCAACAGAGCGGCGACUUCAAGUCAUACGCGAGGAGAAUGCCUUUAUAAUUACCAAUGCGAAGCCAAUUGACACUGGCAUUUACACAUGCACAGCUGAAAGUGCGGCGGGUGAAAUAAAAGUCAAUGCCACAUUGGUGGUAAAUGACAAGCCUCAACCUAACAUACCGGUUGUCAGAAAGGAAACUGUGGUGGGUGAAUCGAGCGUAUUGCAGUGUCUAAGUGACUUGGCUGCCGAUAUGAGUCAGCCGCAUCGCGAGUGGUUCAAAGACAACAAGCCAUUCCAUUUAGGAACGCUCAGCGCCGAUGCGGAGCGUUACUUCUUCACUUCCGAUCAUGAAAUUUUGGUUAUUGUGAACACAGAAUCGGCUGAUUCGGGCCAUUAUCGCUGCGAGAUAAGCGACAAUUCCAAAACGUAUACAGUACAAACUGAGCUGAUUGUUGUAAAGGAGGAACUGAGUCAGAAUAUGAUAUUUUUUGGUGUUGUCAUCGUGGCCGCGCUCUGCGUACUCAUUAUAGCGCUAGUGGCGUUUGCGCUGAUUCUGUACCAGCGACGCAAGGCGCUCAAACGACGUCGUGAAACGAGUCACAAUGCCAACAGUAUCAGCGGUGCACCCAGUGGUCUGCUUUCCGGCAGUGCGGGUCUAAUUGGUGGUGGUGCACGCGUUGCUUCGACCAGCUCGCAACUUCUCAAUGGCAGUCGCGGCAGCGCCCUGGAUCAAACCCAACUCACCACCCUGAAUCGCACGCUACUGCAAAAGAUACCAAAAGACGCACAGCGAAAAAGACCACACAGUGUAGGGGAUUUCGAAGCGAAUGCCGCCAAUUGUGAAAGUGCUGAAGGGGGCUUGCAGAAUGCUGGUGAUGAAUACGACGCUGACAGACAUCCGCAACACUUGAUAAUUACUCCGACACCCAACUACCAACAGCUGUUGCAACAGCAUGUGGACAACGAUGCUGAAGCAGAUAUAGAGCACUUCACAUUGACGUAUUUGAAACGCAUUUCAUUGCCGGACAGCGCAGGCGUUACUGGUGACCACGCACAGGACCACUUAUCCAGCAAAGAUUCCGGCACAGGCUCAGAUACGGCGGUAAAACGAAGCAUUGAUGAUUUCACAAUGUCAGCGCUGCUGCCAACACCAACUGCUGGCGAAAUGCAACAGUCGGGUGAUAGCGCCACAACGCCGGUCAACGAGUCUACACCACAGGCGACGCGUCGUUACAAUGGUGGUUACCGCCUCGCUGGUAUAGAAAACUCUUAUCCCACGGACGAUGGCGGUGAUAUGGACGAUGCGGAUUUACUAUAUGCUGCAACGCAUGCGCUAGGCGUAUCUGAAUGCGACGUAGAAUUGCUAGAUUUCGACCGACAUAGAGCAGCUACUAUGAGAGUAAACGACAAGGAUCAGCACGUGGAGACUGAAAUGGAUCUAGAAGCCAAUGCGGAUGCGCUGGCAACUGAACGAACACACUUUUUACAUAACAGCAAUAACGAAAACACAAGUGCGCGAAUCAGUGGUGGUGGCGGUGGCGGCAGGCAACAACACUACGAACGUUUAUCGACAACUUCAAAGCUUACCUAUCCCAACAACUACAGCGACAAUAGUUUUGAUGGCGGCGGUAGUGGGGAUGCUCGUUUAACCGCGCUCGGUGGUAAUUGUAAAGCCACAUUAAGUACAAACCCUAGGAGCAAUGCAGCGCAUGCGCAAACGGUUGAUAUUUAAGUACAUUUAUAAAUGGGACAAUUCCUAAAAGUUGUGCACCCAUUGCUGCUAAAGCAUUAAGGGUGCUUAGUAGCGAGUUUGGCGCAGGAGCAGCAAGUGUGUUUACAGCCAGUGAUGAGUACACCAAAUAAGACUGUAGUCCAUUUAUACAUACAGCGCGUAUAUACAUAUAUAUAGAAAAAAAAAUGUCUACCAAAGUAUCACAUUGAUACUACUGUAUAUUUAUAUACAUAUGUACAUACAUUCAUCCAGGAGUGCAUGUAUGAAUUGCAGAGAACCGAUAAAAAGUGUCAUAAAAAUAGCGCCGCAUUAUAUUGCGUUUAAUAAUAGUACAAAUUUCUAUGAAAAGUGAACAGUGACUGCUGCUUGAUUCACUUCAAUCGCAAAGUGCGACGGCAAUGCUCUAGCCUAGAAUUUGAGUUGUCGGCUAAACAUGUACAUCUAGGUGUGCAAUUUACUAACAAAUCUUACCAGUGUAAAAGCAGGUGAGGAAAAGUUCUAUACAGGCAGGGCUUAGUCGUGCCACUACAACGAUCACAACAACAGCAGCAUGCUCACUACAUCACUAUUAAAUUCUAAGCACACUUCAUUUGUUUUUGUUUAUUUUUUCUUUUUUUUUUCGUUUUACUUAUAUGCUAUUCUAAUUGUUUACGUAGAUACAUACAUACAUAUUUUAAAAAUAUAAUUAAGUUACAGCUAGAAACUUCAUUGUGAUAUUAUUUAUUACGCUAAUUUAAAUAAGUAUUUAAAUAAAUUAAUAUGUAUGACUAUGACAUCUGUCGAAUGCGGCUAUAGACAUUGAAUUUUGCUAUAUUGUAUAAAACGCUUGACGCUAAUUUAUAUAUGGAAAGAGUGUCGCGUAUUUAUGUAUUUGUUAAGAUUAUUAUACAUACGUAUGUAGACUAUGGAUUUUUUGUAAAGAUACACAUUUAAAUACAUACUUACAUACAGCCACGUACAUAUAUAUGUAUGUAGUAUGUAGAUUUCUAACUUUAGUUGAAAGUUAUGCCAAACCACCUAAUUAAUUGCACGUAUUGUAAACAUUGCUUUAAGUAAACAUAUUUUUAAGUAAAAUGACUCAUAUACUACAUGAGUAUACUAUACAAAUAUUUGUAUGUAUGUAAAUACAGUUUUAAUUUAUAAAAAUUAACUUACGCAUGCUCAUAUACAUAUGUUUCACGUUUUUUAAUUAGCUCUGCAAAACACAGAUAUUUUUGAAAUAGACAGAAAUGAGAUUUUUAAAAACACAUGACCUAAGACACCAAAAAACGAAUACACCAGAUCUGCUUUUCACACGAUUUGGCAAGGGGAUCAUAAGACUUGCGCAAAAGAAAAUGUGUUCAAAGAAAUUCUCUUGUUUGUUCCGAUUCGAAAAAAAAUAAAAAAUUCUAAAAAGGAAAAUCGUACAAGAUAAGACCGAUUUUUAGUAGCCGAAAGUAAUCAUUUUAAUUUUUUCUGGUAUGAAGAUCUUUAUUUGGAAGACUAUUUUUUCUGUCAUAUUUAAUCGGUAUAAUUUACAUCAAAUUUUGUUCGACUAAACUUGCGAUCUUGUGACCGCUUUGAACCUUGCAUGAAAAAUAUUUUAACUGAAAAUAGUGGUUAUUUGAUCGAAAAGUAGAAAUUAUAUUUUAGCGGUUAAAUUAUGAUUUUUGUUAUGAGUUCCAAUAUUGUAAAGAUAACAAAAUAUUACAAAUCGUUAAAACUAUUGAUGGCAUUAUAUUUUUUCCAUUUACUUUUUAUAGUGCUGUGAAGAAAUAGAGAAAAAAAAUCAAAUCAAUUCAAACAUUUAAUCAAUUCAGUUUCAGUUUUCAUAAAUUUUCUCAAAUCGAUUUGGAUCCGAACUCAUACAGCGUUAGUAGGGUGCAUUAGAGCUACUUAAUAAUUGUAACUUUGUCGUUGUUGUUAUAACUGCAUAUAAAUUCCCCAAAGGGUUUUUGGGAAAUGAGGCUGGAAUGACAGUCCUUGCCCAGAUAUGAAUCUGGGUCGUUACGUAGACGCCACUGUCAUGGGAACGAUUAUUGAUGUGCUGUUGCUGAUGUUCAACUGAAAAUCUUCUGAAAUUCUGCCGAAAUUGCGCAGUAAUAUUUUUUUAUAUUGCACUUUACUUUGUUCAUCGAACGCAAAAUGUAAGCAGUGUCUAAGGCCCAAAUUUUUAGUAGAACGUGAUGCUCUUUCAUAAAAAUUAACCCUGGCUUAUUUACUGCAGCUCGAAUGCAUCGGUAAAAAACGCUCUAUCCCAGCUGCAGAUUCAACAACGGCCUAUCCCAACACAUUUUCAAUGUAUUUUCGUUAGAGAUAAGGCGUUUUUUAACCGAAUUCUGAGAUAGGGCGUUCUU